GACCCGGAAGCAGCUUGAUCUGCGUCACGUCCUGUGAAUUAAGGCUACAUGUUUCAAAUGGUUCAUGACUUGAUAGUUUUAUUCCGCAAAAUAAACUCAACAAAUGUGAGAGAAUGAACUACAUGCCGGGAACAGCCAGUCUCAUCGAGGACAUCGACAAGAAACACCUGGUUCUGCUGAGAGACGGGAGAACACUGAUCGGGAUUCUCAGGAGCAUUGACCAGUUCGCGAACCUGGUUCUGCACCAGACGGUGGAGCGGAUCCACGUGGGGAAAAAGUUCGGAGAUAUUCCUCGAGGGAUAUUCGUGGUCAGAGGAGAAAAUGUGGUUCUGCUGGGAGAAGUAGAUCUGGAUAAAGACUGUGAUCAGAUCCUUCAGCGCGUCUCCAUCGAGGAGAUCCUGGAGGAGCAGCGUGUGGAGCAGCAGGCCAAGCAGGAGUCAGAGCGGCUGAAGCUGCAGGCGGUGAAAGAGCGAGGUCUGUCCAUUCCCAAAGCGGACACACUGGACGAUUUCUGAAGCUGGUCAUUUUCCGUGAAGAGACGUCACGUUUAAACCGGUCACUACACAAAAGUGACCUUUUUUUUAUUUGGAAUGAAAUCGCGUCACCGAAAAUGAUGAAUUUAUUUGGUUUCUCUUUUCCUUUUUUAAAGCAGUCGCUCCGUAUUCGACUGCAGCCGUCCGCCAUCUUUAAUUUCUCUUUUUAUGGAAAACGGAUGAUGGACAAAAAAAAAAACAGAA